GCGGUGGAGGUGAAUACUGUUUCGGUCGUGGACAUGAACGGCAUUACGUUUUUCAACUCGGCCGCGCGAAUAACUCGAAAAAGGCAGCUCCGCAGCCAAGGCAUUUUGAAAAACACAAGUCCCCGACUCGAAACGCGACCAAAUAUUCGGUGUGUGACGCGAACUGCCAAUGCAAUAGUUCACUUAAGAAUUGCAGAUUACCGCGACUCUGGGCAGUUCUCAUUCGAAGUUUGAAUGUACCAAAAGAAAAGUGCCAGAACCAGAAAUCAAAAUAAAAGAUCUAACAGAAUAACAAGAAGUGUUUCCUCCGAAAGAUUAAAAAUCGCGAAUGAUUAAGAAUCGCGGCACCCUUAGUUCCCUCUCUCGCUUUUCCCUUUUGCGCUUUUCUGCGUGAAAAGGAGAAGACUCCGCCGUUCGCGAAAAGAGCUUUUAUUUCGCGACACUUAAAAAUAAACACAGUCGAGGAAAUUGCAACAAAAAAUGUGGCGCGUGCACGUGUAGCUUGCAACAACGACAACAAGAAAACAACGAAAAUGCAAAAAGCGAAUUGCAAAACCAUGUGCGACAAGUAACCAAAAAAAUACAAAACAUAAAUACAAUAAACAAUUUGAGUAGUUGCCGCACACACACACACACAGCCCGUGGAUUAUUACACUAAAAGCGACACUCAAUCCAAAAAAUCAGCAACAAAACAUCAAUAAACAUGCAUUGGAUUAAAUGUUUAUUAACAGCAUUCAUUUGCUUCACAGUCAUCGUGCAGGUUCACAGUUCCGGCAGCUUCGAGUUGCGCCUGAAGUACUUCAGCAACGACCACGGGCGGGACAACGAGGGACGCUGCUGCAGCGGGGAGUCGGACGGAGCGACGGGCAAGUGCCUGGGCAGCUGCAAGACGCGGUUUCGCGUCUGCCUGAAGCACUACCAGGCCACCAUCGACACCACCUCCCAGUGCACCUACGGGGACGUGGUCACGCCCAUUCUCGGCGAGAACUCGGUCAACCUGACCGACUCCCAGCGCUUCCAGAACAAGAGCUUCACGAAUCCCAUCCAGUUCCCCUUCUCGUUUUCAUGGCCGGGUACCUUCUCGCUGAUCGUCGAGGCCUGGCAUGAUACGAACAACAACAGCGGCAAUGCGCGCACCAACAAGCUCCUCAUCCAGCGACUCUUGGUGCAGCAGGUACUGGAGGUGUCCUCCGAAUGGAAGACGAACAAGUCGGAGUCGCAGUACACGUCGCUGGAGUACGAUUUCCGUGUCACCUGCGAUCCCAACUACUACGGACCCGGCUGUGCCAAGUUCUGCCGGCCCCGCGACGAUUCAUUUGGACACUCCACUUGCUCGGAGACGGGCGAAAUUAUCUGUUUGACCGGAUGGCAGGGCGAUUACUGUCACAUACCCAAAUGCGCCAAAGGCUGUGAGCAUGGACAUUGCGACAAACCCAAUCAAUGCGUUUGUCAACUGGGCUGGAAGGGAGCCUUGUGCAACGAGUGUGUUCUGGAACCUAACUGCAUCCAUGGCACCUGCAACAAACCCUGGACUUGCAUCUGCAACGAGGGAUGGGGUGGCUUGUACUGCAACCAGGAUUUGAACUACUGCACCAACCACCGACCCUGCAAGAAUGGCGGAACCUGCUUCAACACCGGCGAGGGAUUGUACACAUGCAAAUGCGCUCCAGGAUACAGUGGUGAUGAUUGCGAAAAUGAGAUCUACUCCUGCGAUGCCGAUGUCAAUCCCUGCCAGAACGGUGGUACCUGCAUCGAUGAGCCGCACACGAAAACCGGCUACAAGUGUCAUUGCGCCAACGGCUGGAGUGGAAAGAUGUGCGAGGAGAAAGUGCUCACGUGUUCGGACAAACCGUGUCAUCAGGGAAUCUGCCGCAACGUUCGUCCUGGUUUGGGAAGCAAGGGUCAGGGCUACCAGUGCGAAUGUCCCAUUGGCUACAGCGGACCCAACUGCGAUCUCCAGCUGGACAACUGCAGUCCGAAUCCCUGCAUAAACGGUGGAAGCUGUCAGCCGAGCGGAAAGUGCAUUUGCCCAGCGGGAUUUUCGGGAUCGAGGUGCGAGACCAACAUUGACGAUUGUCUUGGCCACCAGUGCGAGAACGGAGGCACCUGCAUAGAUAUGGUCAACCAAUAUCGCUGCCAAUGCGUUCCCGGUUUCCAUGGCACCCACUGCAGUAGCAAAGUUGACUUGUGCCUCAUUAGACCGUGCGCCAAUGGAGGAACCUGCUUGAAUCUGAACAACGAUUACCAGUGCACCUGUCGCGCGGGAUUUACUGGCAAGGACUGCUCCGUGGACAUCGAUGAGUGCAGCAGUGGACCCUGUCAUAACGGCGGCACCUGCAUGAACCGUGUCAAUUCGUUCGAAUGCGUGUGUGCCAAUGGUUUCAGGGGCAAGCAGUGCGAUGAGGAGUCCUACGAUUCGGUGACCUUCGAUGCCCACCAAUAUGGAGCCACCACACAAGCGAGAGCCGAUGGUCUGACCAAUGCCCAGGUAGUCCUAAUUGCUGUUUUCUCAGUUGCGAUGCCUUUGGUGGCGGUUAUUGCGGCGUGCGUGGUCUUCUGCAUGAAGCGCAAGCGUAAGCGUGCUCAGGAAAAGGACGACGCGGAGGCCAGGAAGCAGAACGAACAGAAUGCGGUGGCCACAAUGCAUCACAAUGGCAGUGCGGUGGGCGUAGCUUUGGCUUCAGCCUCUCUGGGCGGCAAAACUGGCAGCAACAGCGGUCUCACCUUCGAUGGCGGCAACCCGAAUAUCAUCAAAAACACCUGGGACAAGUCGGUCAACAACAUUUGUGCCUCAGCAGCAGCAGCAGCGGCGGCGGCGGCAGCGGCGGACGAGUGUCUCAUGUACGGCGGAUAUGUGGCCUCGGUGGCGGAUAACAACAAUGCCAACUCAGACUUUUGUGUGGCUCCGCUACAAAGAGCCAAGUCGCAAAAGCAACUCAACACCGAUCCCACGCUCAUGCACCGCGGUUCGCCGGCAGGCAGCUCCGCCAAGGGAGCGUCUGGCGGUGGACCGGGAGCGGCGGAGGGCAAGAGGAUCUCCGUUUUAGGCGAGGGUUCCUACUGUAGCCAGCGUUGGCCCUCGUUGGCGGCGGCGGGAGUGGCCGGAGCCUGUUCAUCCCAACUAAUGGCUGCAGCUUCGGCGGCGGGAAGCGGAGCGGGGACGGCGCAACAGCAGCGAUCCGUGGUCUGCGGCACUCCGCAUAUGUAAAUCCAAAAAUCCGGAUGGGCUCCUGGGAAAUCCGGAGAAAUCCGCAUGGAGGAGCUGACAGCACACACACAAAGAAAAGACUGGGUUGGGUUCAAAAUGUGAGAGAGACGCCAAAAUGUUGUUGUUGAUUGAAGCAGUUUAGUCGUCACGAAAAAUGAAAAAUCUCUAACAGGCAUAACUCGUAAACUCCCUAACAAAUUUGUAUAGUAAUUAGCAAAGCUGUGACCCAGCCGUUUCGAUCGAUUGAGACAUCAUUGUAUCCAGCGGGAACAUUUUUAUAGAUUUUACAAAAUGCAAUUUUAGGAAUUAUCAAAUUGAAAACUAUACACUUGAAAUAUACAUUUUAAAAAUACUGAAAAUUCUUAAAAAAAAAAAAGAAACAAGCAAAUGAAACACUCGAUCGAAACAGCAAACGGGAAACUGACCUUGCACCCUUGAUUAUUCCAAUGGACUGACCUAAGCCUAAAGUUGUAUACCAUAAAGUCAACCAAUCAAAAUUGAAAACCUUUUGUUUAUGACAACCUCAUAUCGCUCAAAGGAAAAAUGACUUGACCAAUUGCUUACUAGAAUUUAGACCAAGACCAAGAACCACUGGACGACAGAGUCGAAGAGACGACUCUCCACACGUUUUGACGUUUUGCAUGUUACUGAAAAAUCUGCUUCAAUUUAAUCUAUUUUUCAUUUAGUUCGAUAUAAAUUGUAAAUAUUAAUGCUAGCCGUAGCCAACGCGUAUGUGUAAACUAAUGACAAAACGAUUGAAAGAAACCUCCUCAUUGACGCCGCCCGAGACGGAGCUGCUUUUCUAUGCAAGGCAGUCGGCUGGAUCGGGCGAUUUGUAUAUAGUACUCAUAGGUCACAUCGAUAUACGAAAUGGAUAAGAGAAAAAGAUGAAAAGCCACACAAAAAAACUACAUAAAUUGACACUAUCUCGACUAUUUAGUUUCUAACUAUGUAUAUGUAAAUGUAACAAACGAAGACACUAAACUUAACUCGACUCUAGCUUAAUGUUAAUUUAAAGACCCUACACAAACAAACAAACAAACAUGCGAAGACAAGCAAAACAUUUAGUGAUUCUAUUUUAAGUACUUCUAAUUUACCCUACACCCAAUUAUUUUUUUCGAUUUUUAAACUUAUUAUUUUAAACUUUAUUUUUUAAAUUUGUCCAUCUACAAGCCCAAUUAUAUUUUUUUGGCCUAUUCCGAUUUGGAGCAUUUAUCAGCGAUGAAGUCAAUAAUAUUUGUAGUUAGCGCCUAACUGUAAACGAAAUGUAUUGAAUUUAUAAA